AACACUGGUGCGUUUGCGCAGUGUGACAUCGGCAGGUCUCCGGUGAGAGUGUGUGCGAGUCCCCGGGGUCCGAGGAAUUGAACGGGAGCCACAAUGCUCAACAUGUGGAAAGUGCGGGAGCUAGUGGACAAAGCCACCAAUGUAGUGAUGAAUUAUUCAGAGAUUGAGUCUAAGGUUCGAGAGGCGACCAACGAUGACCCUUGGGGACCUUCUGGGCAGGUCAUGGGAGAGAUAGCCAAGUCAACAUUCAUGUACGAGCAGUUCCCAGAACUCAUGAAUAUGCUAUGGACAAGGAUGCUGAAAGACAACAAGAAGAACUGGCGCAGAGUUUACAAGUCCUUGCUGUUGCUGGCGUACCUCAUACGGAACGGAUCGGAGCGGGUUGUCACCAGCGCCCGGGAGCACAUUUAUGACUUACGAUCCUUGGAAAAUUACCACUUUGUAGAUGAAAACGGGAAGGACCAGGGCAUUAAUAUCCGACAGAAAGUGAAGGAAAUGGUAGAAUUUGUCCAAGAUGAUGAUCGUCUGCGAGAGGAACGGAAGAAAGCCAAAAAAAACAAGGAUAAAUAUAUCGGGGUGUCUUCGGACAGCACUGGGGGGUUUAGAUACAAUGAGCGUUAUGACACAGAGCCCAAAUCUAAGUGGGAUGAAGACUGGGACAAAAGUAAAACAGGCUUUCCAUUCAGUGAUAAACUGGGUGAACUGAGUGACAAAAUAGGAAGCACUAUCGAUGAUACUAUCAACAAGUUCAGGAGGAAAGACAGGGAAGAUUCCCCUGAGAGGGGCAGAAGUGACAGUGAAGAGGAUAAGAAAUCCAACCGAUCAAAACCAGCAUCGGAGUUCAAAGAUGAAGAAGAAAUGGUAACUACUAAAAGCAUCCACAUCACUCAGGCUACUGAGACCACUACAACACGCCACAAACGUACAGGAAACCCAGCCAAAAUUGACCUGGGUGCAGCUGCUCAUUACACUGGGGACAGAGAUAGCCCAGAGACCAUACGUUCUAGUCAAACUGCUGCAUCCAAGCCUGCUGCAGCCAAUAACAAGCCUACCAACUCCUUGGUAGACCUAUUGUUUGAGGAAUCUGGACAGGCAACAGGUAAUGUGUCGGAUCCAUUUGGAGGAUUUGCAGACUUUAGCUCACCUGCUGCUGUGUCAUCCAGUGCUGUAUCAUCCAGUGCUGUGUCAUCCAGUUUCCCAGCACAAGGUUCCGCAGCAAGUGGAGACUUUGGAGACUGGGGUACAUUCAAUGAACCACAGCCAACCCCUGCAACUCCCUCAGCUGAUUUGUUUGGAGCUGUCUCCCAGCCUAGCACUGACAUGUUUGCUGUUCAAAAUCCUCAGCCUUCUUCCUCCAAUACAACAGACCUUUUUGAUCUUAUGGGGCCUUCACAUUCAACCUUGAGCUCCUCUCAAAGUAUGAACUUAUCCAUGAUGAGCUCUAGCACUAUGGGAGUUUCACUACCUAUAUCACGGUCUCAGGUAGGCCAUACUCGAAGACAAUUUAACAUUUUAGUAGUUCUAUACACGUUCCCAGACACUAGAAGAUUAAUAAAACAAUAGCCAGCAGUUAUUUUGCUUUACGGUACAAUAGGAACCAAUCUGGUAGUUGUGCAAUUAAUUCAAGUAUAUCACUACCCCCCACCCCAUAUGUCACAGUAUGCAGCAGAAGCAAAAAGUUGUUAUUUUUAUGGCUAUACAGAGAUUUGGUAUCGGUAUGUUAUUUUAUGCACAGUUUAUGUUGUAAUUUUACAGAUAUACAUUAACAUUCCUUGUCGCCUAUGCAGAAAAAUAAAUGUGUUGUGAUAUGCA